ACUUAUUCUCCAGUUAUACUCUGUCACUCUGUCACUCUGUCCCUCUGUCCCUCUGUCCCUCUGUCCCUCUGUCCGCUCAGUGAUUAACUUACAUUUUUGUUUUUCUCUUUGUGACUCGCACUCUUUUCACUCGUACGCGCCGCGCGCUCGCUGAGAGUAUUUUAAUUUUUGUUCGACUUUUUCUCAUUACCGACAAUGGUUCAAAUUAAUUCAUUUUUCCGUCAAACCCACAACACGAUGGCGACCAUGGCGAGUUUGUUCAUGCUGCUUACUGUCACGUUCUCCUGCAUACAGGCGGCCACUCACGAUCCACCCGAGGUGUUACCACAAUUCCCACAAGCAAGACCAGCAACACAUCUCCCGGAUUUACAAGACGUCAUGGGCAAAAUCAAAGAAUCCUGUCCACCAUUUGGAUCACCAGACGAACGAUUUAAAGUAACGGUGUUGGGAACUUUGUCGCCGCCGAUAGGUGGAUGUGCCUCUAUGCAAACCGUCCAUCACGAUAUUGUGCCAGCGUUUAAUUUGUGGCUGGGAAGUCUGCGAUAUGGCGGUGGAAGUUGCGACGAAGAGGGUAUGGACCACUAUAUGUUUGAAUGUCUGUCAAAACAUCCAUUCAUUGAGGACGACAAUAUUAAAGGCUGGUACGUAACACUAUACGAUCAAACAGCCAGAUGGUCCGGUCAAAAAGACUACAGAUGUGGUUUGUAUUCAAUGCUCAACGACGACCCACCAAUGAUCCAGAUGGUGAUUGGUGCGAAUCGUUCGUGUGAUGGUCUAUCACGGAGAAUGGGGACGGUCGAGCACAGAGUACCAGAUGGAUUUCGACAUUUUGAAGAUGGGUCAGUUGCUUUGUUAUUUUCCAAGGACUGGCCACAGCCAAUUUCAUCAGUAGAUGUCUGGAGGAAAAAGCGGUCAGCGUCACAGGGCAGAACGUACAGGUUUCCAGAUUGGUCACAAGGGUCAUGGUUAGAUUUACAAGUAAAUGGAAGUCUAAUACACUAUGAUACUAACUAUCAUGAGAAAGAUGAUGUUGACUAUGAUCAAGAUAAUGACGAUGAAAAAAACGGAGAUGCAGAAAUUUCUAGUGGUGAACAAUACAUGCAAAGGUCACAGCAAUAUGAUCCUGUUGGAAUGAGUAGCAGAAACCGACGAUCUGUUCCAAAUAUGAAUGGCGUAAAAAUGUUCAGAACUCGCACCAUCACUAUUCUAAACAAUACGAAGGAUAUAGAUUGGUUAAAACGUCAAUUACUUAAUGAUAACAUGCGAAUCUUGGAUGAAUUUAAUUUACAACGAGAACGCCGUAGUGUAGAACCUAAAAAACCAAAAUUUGUUUUAGAUGUUCUUUCUCAGACAUUGCCAGAAUUAUUUCCUACCAAUGAGUUUGAGUAUGGAGGAAACUAUACUACUAAAACUGAAGAAAAGAAUAAAACCACGAAUGUGAACGAUUACUUUUCAAAAAUUCAAAAAGACUCUGAAGCUUUAAAUAAAAUAUUUAAUUCUGUGUUUGGCAUUGGUAAUGUUCGACAUAAAAGAGAUUUGAGCAAUCAACGUGAGUAUGUCGAACAUGGCGAGGAAAACUCCAAACCUCGUAAAAAGAGAUGUUUUGGGUCAUCAGCGAAAACAACAACAACAGAACGUUAUAGAGACCUUUGGUUUGAAAACCCCCCCAAAAAAGGAGAUCCUAUGGAGCCAUUUGAUAAGACGAAUAAAUAUUUCGGCACAACCCAAAACCCUGGCGGCCGAACUAUGAGGAAAAGGAGGUUCGUGGAUGAAAACUUGGAUAAUAAAUCCAAGAAUAUAGAUUACGAGGAAGAAAAACAACUUGAAAGAGUUAAAGAACUAGAGAAAGCUGAAAGUUUAAUACGCUGGUGGAAAGUUAUGCAGGAUCUUUCAUUGAUCGAUCCUCAUAUAUGGGAUCAAUCAAAUGCUGAAGUUAAAAAAACUGAGUAUAAAGUAUUUCCUGACACCAGUAUGACACAAAUUAAAAGGUCUUUUAAAAACGAACGCAUUCAUAGUCAAGAAAACACGAACCAUAAAAAUAAAAAAUGCAACUAUAAGAAAGACCUUGAGGUUUUUACAUCCAAAAAAAUUGAAGAUCUAAAGCCAUUAUUUUAUAAUAAUAAAUUUAGUUUGAAAAACAAAAUUACCACAGAAAUUCGAAAAGACCUUGAACCUUUAAAUGAAAUAUUUAAUUCUGUGUUUGGCAUUAGUAAUAUUCGACAUAAAAGAGAUUUAAGCAACCAACGUGAGUAUGUCGAACAUGGCAAGGAAAGUUCCAAACCUCGUAAAAAGAGAUGUUUUGGGUCAUCAGCGAAAACAUCAACAACAGCACGUUAUAGAGAUCCUGAGUUUGAAAACCCCCCCAAAAAAGGAGAUCCUAUGGAGCCAUUUGAUAAGACGAAUAAAUAUUUCGGCACAACCCAAAACCCUGGUGGCCGAACUAUUAGGAAAGGGAGGUCUGUGGAUGAAGACUCGUAUAAUAAAUCUAAGAAUACAAAUUACGAGAAAGAAAAACAACUGGAAAAAGUCAAUGAAAUUGAGAAAGUUCGAAGUUUAAUACGCUGGUGGAAUCUUAUGCGGGUUCUUCCAUUGAUUGAACAUCGUAUAUGGAAUCAAUCAAAUACUGACACUAAAAAAACCGAGUAUGAGGUAUUCCCUGACACCAGUAUGACACCAGUACCAUCUCCGGUCAAGUAUCUAGAGUUCGCUAAAAUCCUUGGAAUUCCUUAUAAAGAGGCAGUUUUAAAAUGGCGUAGUUUAGAACGUAAGUAUCGUCAGCGAGAAGCUGAAGUUGAUUACACUGCCUAUCCCGGUCAAAACCAUCCUGAUAUAGUUAUGAGAGAUUUUGAUCAAACAUUCGAUGGCAUAGAAUAUGACUUUAAUCCUUUGUAUCCUGAGGGUACUGUUGACGAUCCAACUGCUUACCGGGUCCUUACACUACCAGGUGGUUAUCGAAUAGAACCCCGUCUAUCGCGCCGUACUACGUUUGCAGAAAAACAAUUAGGCGCUACUUCUGAGUCAGUGAAGGUGGAUAGUGACUUUCAAUAUAUUCAAUCUAACUCCUUAAAUGAUGGGCUGAAUACUUUGAUGCCAAAACGCAUUAAACGUAGUUCUACAUUACCUAAUCAACAACAACGUGCAACAACAAAAUUUACAUGGAACUGCAUCAUGCCUGUUGAUAAUGAUGAAAAACAACCUCAUAAUCUUGAAUCUGGCGCCAAAUUCCUUGUUUAUGGUGGUCGCAUCAUGGAAAAAACUAAUGAAAAUAGCAAUAAUCAACCUGAACCAAAUUUAGACACAUUGUUUGAUUCGAAAAAAGACUCAAAAAUGACAUACGGGUGCUUGUGGUUAGUGCCUAGAGGACCAAACAUUAUAGAAUUUUCUAUCAUAGGGACAGGGUUACCAGAUAAAGAGCAAAACAUACAGAGCUUUGCAAAGCAACUUUGCACGGAAAAAAAAUCAGUUAGCAAAGAUAGUAAUAUAAGAAAUAAAAAAAAGCUUCUUCCACGCCGCCAUCUGUGGGUCACCGAAACAAGAGCCGAUGAAGCAAAACGAGUGCCUGUUGGGUGUCCCAUACCCCCUGGUACAGUGUUCUAUGGUGAGAUCCCAGCUCCGCCACCAUCUUCUACGGUUACAAACAACUCACAGUCCGUACUACCACGACUUUGUGUCAAGUUAAUAUCUUCUGCCGAUGACUGUACGAAUGGACGAGCAGGAGCAAUUGAUCAGAUGAAAUAUACUGUGUCAGAAUGCGUUGAGCGAGACGCUUCAACUGGGACUUCCCUACAAACAAUGACUGCACAACAAACAAUUUUCGAAGCAGCGUCCAGAGGGUAUACUGUCGGUGGAAGUUGGCGGAGGAAUAAACGCCACUCGGCUCCAAUAGAUACGUCGACUGUCGCUUCAUCUGUGUCCACUACAUCUAUAUCAUCCAAUACGCCAACAUUGCCAGAUCACAGCAUUUCAACAGAGAUGACAGACGAAAUAACCAGUCACCAAACGACUGGGUCGACAACCACCUCUUCGACUGCUAUGACUUCAUCUUCUACUUACCUUGACAGCAGUAACAGCAGCCAAAAUUUCGUAGACACCACUACUAUACAACCUAAAACUAUUAAUACUACGAUUACCACUGCUACCACUUUCUUGACAGCUAUGCCGUCGACUUUACCAUUUUCGCCACAACAGACGACUUAUCCCGAACGACAAUUACCGUCCUUUUCAACUACUUCUGCUUCUACUACGUCUACUACUACUGCUAGUACUACUACUACUACUUCUCCUCCUCCUCCUUCUUCUUUUACUACAAGUACAACUAACUAUCCGGUUACCGAUUAUCAUUACCGUCAACAGCAACAACACCAACAAUCGAAUUAUAACAACAAUGAUUAUUAUUACCGGGGACGACAACAACACUAUCCCCCACCACCACCUGGCAGCACUAGUACGGAUUAUAAUUACUAUUAUCAACAGCGACAGCAGCAACAUCCACAAAUGCAAUCAUAUUGGCCAUCGCAACAACAUCUCAAUGGUACAAACGACUAUAGUAAUGGUUAUCAGCAGCAAACGACUGACAGCGGCGGACGCAGGACAAGCGAUUAUUACUAUCGGCAGCAACAACAAAAUUCCUAUAACCAUCAAUACAACAAUGAUCGCCAGCAACAAACGCCACGGCCUCGUGACGCAUCACUUCCGGUACAACAUCCAAGCGGCGGUAGUUGGAACGUGCACGGUGACCGACCACUGUACAUAAGCAGUAGUGGUGGUGGAGGUGAUUACAACCGAGAAAUCUUUGCUGUUGCUCGGAACAGCUCUACUGGUAUUAGUAGUAGUAAUAACGGUGGUUGGGCGACGGCGGAACAACAACACUGGUGGUAUCAACAACAGCAACAGCAACAACGACAGCAAGAACAACAAAAUCAAUACCAGCAACGGCAGCAGCAAAACAACCGGGGUCUGAGUGGAAUUUUGUCGUUACCGCCCGUGCCGCUGCCACCACUGCACGUGGAACAGGGGGCCGUCACUGUCUCGAUGUCCACAUCACCGCCACUCCAUCUUCGUCGACCGCAGAAACCUCCAAACCACUACUACCUGCCAACGCUGACUACCAAAACUACUUCUACUCAUCCGUACCGUUUGCGGUCGAAGUCCGAAAGUCGAUAUUAUGAAGAACGUGAAUACAAAUGCCUCGGCCAAUGGACUGAACCACAGCAACACAUCAACCCAGAAGUUGGCGAAAAAGCAAUCAUGUUGACAUACAUAUAUGUUAAGCGUUUGAAUCCAAUCGCCAACAACACUGACCAAUUCGAAUGUUUUGUCGGAACAAUAAUACCAAACGACGAAGGUUCAAAUCCUGAAACUACUAAAACACUCUUGUUAACGGAAGCUGGUAGUGGAACUUUGUGCAGUCGCCGAUCGGACCCAUACCGUUCUGGCAUGAAGUUGGUUGGAACCAAAAUUAACAAAGAAGGUGCUUGCAAGGGAUCUGAGCAACCAGCACAAGACAUCGCUGGCGGUUCGUGGUAUCCUCUUAAACCACAGCCAAUUUCUCCGUCUAUUCCCAGUGCCGAAAACAGCGGAGGCACCUGGUAUGCUGCGCCCCCUGUUCCCGUGGUCGCACAAGGUCCAACCACUAUGAUGCCUAUCCUUACAGGCAGGCACACCGGUGGUAAUGGAGCCUUAUUCACAUCACGCCAGAAUGAACGUCGUCCACAGUCAGCCACUCCACCUCCUAAAACCAACGAUGGCAACCAAAAUCUAUCCGAUAAUAACGUUAUGCUUCUAGUGAUCAUUCUGUUUAUUGGACAUUUACAAUUUAUAACACAUCGAUAUUUCUAAUCAAACACAGACACAAUGUAUUUACAAUAAUUUAUAAUAAUAAAAAUACUAAUAAUAGUAAAAAAUUAAACACAAUAACGCACAAUCUAGGCCAAACUUAAAAGUAGACGAAAUUCAUUCAAUCGAUUUGUUUAUUAUACAUUCAUUAAUUUCACAAGCAAUAAAAUGAAAGUUUUGUAA